ACCUAUGAUGGGGAACAACAAAGAGUUUCUUGCAGCUUUCAAGGCCUUUGUAGGGCAGACGUGUGUUUGCAGACAGUCUGUUCAGUUUAAUAACCUCAGCACAUCUUUCACGUAAUGGUUCCUUGACUGGCUCCUAGCUCCACUCAGCUAAUUGAAACCACUGCAGUUCAAGAGCACAGCCCUGUAGUCUUCAUUAAACAUCAAGGCUGCUAUCUGAGGAUCCGCACCUAGCAGGCUGAAUCCCUAAGCCCUGCUGCCAUAACCUCAAAGCCAAGUGCCAGCUGCUGCCUGCCCGUCCCUCCCCAUCCACCACUACCAAACCCUCCAGGACGCGGUUGGAGGCAGCACGCUGACUGAUCGCCUCAAGCAGGCUGUGGGCUCGCAGCAGCAGCAGCUCGCUGCCUCUGACAUCACUCCCGGAGCUCACAUCCCACUCCGAGCUCCUCUCGUUAGUCGGUCCGUCGGUCGGGAGAGGAGGCAGGAGACGCUGCGAAGAGGAUCGCUGAGGAACAGAACGAAACAGAGGGGCUACAUCAUGAAAUUCCUCCCUGCUUAUUACUUGCUGCCUCUUUUUCCUGCGCUGGUCUUCAGCACUAGACAGGGCUAUGAAGAACUGGAGAGACAGCUGAAGGAAGUCUUUAAGGAAAGGAGCAAUAUUCUUCGUCAACUGUCGAAGACCUCUAAAGAACUCGAGGGAAUUAAAGUAAACCUCCAGUCCCUGAAAAACGAUGAAGCAUCAGCCAGAAGUGAUGUGCAGAAACUUCUUGAACUGGGCCAAAAGCAAAGGGAAGAAAUGAAAUCUCUUCAGGAGGCCUUUCAAAAGCAGCUUAAUGAGGCAGUUGAGAAGGCAGAAAAGCAGCAAGCUACUAUUAAUUUUUUGAAGACAGAAAUGGAAAGGAAGAGCAGAAUGAUCCGGGACCUCCAAAAUGAGAACAAAAGCCUCAAAAACAAGCUGCUGUCAGGAAACAAGCUUUGUGGUAUUCACGCAGAAGAGUCAAAAAAGAUCCAAGCCCAGCUGAAAGAACUUCGUUAUGGCAAAAAAGAUUUGAUUUUCAAGGCACAACGGCUAACAGACCUGGAGCAGAAACUAGCAGCUGCAAAAGAUGAAUUGGAAAAGGCAGCCCUUGACAAGGAGUCGCAGCUGAAAGCUCUGAAGGACACUGUGCAGCUUUGCCUGUCCUCUGUUCUGCACAAUCAGCCUCCCACUAUCCAUCGAAUCCCUCCAAAACCAGCAGAGAAGCUGACAUCCUCAGCUACAAAGGGCUCGAAAGUUCAAUUUCCAGUGAUAAACCCCAAGCAAAAUGCCUCAGCAGAGAAAGAGAGUCUGCACGUGGCCUCAAGAAAGGAAGAAAACCAGAGUGUGCAGGAAUGUGAUUCUCAGGAUGUUGGCAAGACAUGUUUGGGGAAUUACAAUAAUUCAACAUCUCAUUUGAAGAUGGAAGAAACAGAGACAAGCUUGCAGCAGAUGUUGCGCAACCCACCAUGGACUAAACCUGAAGACAAAAAACCACCUGAAAGAAGUGAGAAGAAGUUUGAAGAUUCUGUUGGCACAAAAGAAAAGAAACUGUAAAUGCCACUAAUACACAUUUACAAACGUUCAUCACUUGCUUCCAACUUCGCAUUCUUUUUAGUCCAUAGGCAAGAAUAAACCAGGUUUCUAAAGCAUGCAUUUUUCACUAUUUUAUGAAUGUUUGUUAGCUAGUCUAGCAUAGAUCAAUUAGUACCUUUCAGCAAUAAUCCAAAAUGGAUGUUUGAAGAAUUGCUUUGUAAUACAGUCCAGUUUUUGAACUAUUAUAUCUGACUUAGUAAUUACAUACUAUAAAUUAGUUUCUUUGUUAAAAAAAAGCCAUUCCCAAGUAUUUUCUUAGUCCGUUCUAUUUAAUGUACCUUUUUGUCAGAUUAGGUUUUAGAUUAAGAAUUAAGGGGCAGUGAAUGCAGAAAAAAUAAUAAUUAAAAAUCUAUGUAAACCUAGUCAGAGUACAAUGCAACUCAUAACGAUAAAUGUAAAGAUGGGACAAUAGGGCUCCAUGUAUACUUGACUAUGAGUAAUACCAUUUCAAAUCUGCUUACUUAAACAAUAAAGUAUGUUUGGUUGCUGUUUUUUCUAA